GCCGUCUCGUAGCACAUUCUUAGUCUGAUAGUUUACCAGCUAGUCACUAAUGUCUGAUUCCCGCUCUCCGGUUACUUCUGCUCAUACUUCUCCUGCUCAGUCUGGUGCUUCUCAUCCUGCUUCAGAAUCUGCUGCUAGCUCUCUUUCUCCUGCCCCACCCACUCCUGAUGCUCCCAAACAUCGCCGUCGUCGGCGUACAAUGCCUGUUGUGAUCCGGAGGCCCCGUGAUAGCACACCAGAGGAGGAGGGGUCUCCAACUGUAGAUCCUGCAGCUCCUGCUCCAAGUGCUCACACUCCUGCUCCCACCCCUCCACCUCAAAUUACUCCUGCAGCUCCGGCAGGAAAGCUGAAUGUGGAGCCAUCGAUCGCAAGGAAGAAAGCCCAUGCUGUGGCACAGGCUAGGGCUAUAAAACACAAGGCGAAUAUCUAUGAGCACUAUAAAAACAUCAAACCGACUCCACUCGAUCAGCCAUAUCCAACCUUCCAGCCAAAGGCAUAUGCAUCCAAUGUGCGCAAGGAUAGGCUAGCACAGGAAUUGGUGGAUUAUGUAGGCUCAAUAUUAUGCUACGCAUCAAAUGAGUCAUUGGAAGAUGGAGUCUGUCCGACUUGUAUGAAACUUGUUACACCACCUGACACCAAGCCUGAUGAUAUCAUUCUGAGGCGGCCUCAACCAACAUCGCAGGUCAAGAGUGCAAAACCAGGUGUUCAGUGGGCAGUCUUGCACUGGAUAUGCCUUACGGCUGAUGCUCGCAAACGCUUCUAUCCAGAGGAUGAGCUUCCCGAGGACAAGAGGCGGGCUCUGGAUAUGGACGCGAUCCAGGGCCUAGAUAUCUCGGAACUGACUCCGAGUGAUGCUAAGAAGAUCCUCAAUGAUAUCAAGGCAUGCCACCAUGGGCGGGGUAAACUAUGUGAUGCAAUUAUGCAGAAAGAAACUGAUGAACUGCUGAGAGCCAAGAAACUCAGCAAGGAAGCAAGCCGGGCUGAAUAUCGUAUGGGGAGAAGCAAGGCACAGAAAGAAAGGAAAAAGGAGAACAAGGUGAAGCGGGAGGUGGAGAGAGCUGCGAAGAAGGCAGCGAGGUGGCAGAGGGCGCAGUUGCGCAAGGCAGAGAAGGCUAAGGCUGCGGGUGAGGGUAUGGAUGUUGAUCAGGAGGAUAAAGGGGAGGGAAGUAGCAAGGUACAGCCUGCUGAUGAGGACUCUAUCACAGAGCCAGAGUCUGAGGAUGAAGACGACUUGGUGACUACUCAACGGUAG